AUGCUGAACGACCCGGCGGCGCUGUCAUGGGCGGGGGCGUGGGGCAUGAACGUGGUGUCGUCGGUGGGAAUCAUUCUCGUCAACAAGGCCCUCAUGACCUCCUACGGCUUCGCCUUCGCCACGUCCCUCACCGCGCUCCACUUCAUCACCACCGCCGCCGUCGGCAACGCCGCGACCGCCGCCGGCGCGCUCGCGCCGAGCAAGCACGUGCCGGCGCGCACGCUGAUGUGGUUCGCGUUCGUGGCGAGCCUGGCCGUCGUGAGCAUGAACGUGUCCCUCAUGGUGAACUCCGUGGGUUUCUACCAGAUCACCAAGCUCUCCAUCAUCCCCGCCUGCUGCCUCUUCGAGGCGCUGCUGCACCGCAAGACGUUCUCGCCCGCCGUGAAAGCCGCCGUGGUGGGCGUGAUGGUCGGCGUGGGCAUCUGCACGGUCACUGACGUCACCGUGAACACCGCCGGGCUGCUCGCCGCGAUCGUGGCGGUGCUCUCCACCACCUUCCAGCAGAUCUUCAUCGGGUCGCUACAGAAGCAGUACAGCGUGGGAUCGUUCGACCUGCUCAGCAAGACCGCGCCGUACCAGGCCGUGCUGCUCGUCAUCUCCGGCCCCACAGUGGAUUACCUCCUCACGCGCCGCAGCCUGCUGGCCUUCCGCCCGACCCCCGUGUCCGUGGCGUUCAUCCUGCUGUCCUGCGUGCUCGCGCUCUUCGUCAACCUGUCCAUGUACCUUUGCAUCGGAAAGUUCUCAGCGGUGUCGUUCCAGGUGCUGGGGCACAUGAAGACGCUGUUCGUGCUCGUGCUGGGCUCCGCGCUCUUCCACUCGCCACUCACCGCAAAGAACCUCAUGGGCAUGGCCGUCGCCGUGCUCGGCAUGCUCGCGUACAGCUGGGCUGUCGAGCGGGAAAAGGCCGCCGCUGCUGCUGCGGCUGCUGUGCUGCCAGUGACGAAGCAGCAGCAGAAGGCGGAGGAGCAGGCGUUGCUAGGAGUAGCAGUAGAGGGGAAGCGGCAGGACCUCCACCCCUCCUUCCCUCACCUGCUCUCCCCUUUCUCCCCCUCCCCCCCCCCCCCCCCCCCCCCCCUCCCCCUCUUCCCACCUCCCAACCCCCCUUCCCUUUUCCUCGGUCCCCACCUUCCAUUCGGCAUCUCCUCCCCUGCAUCAUCGUUCUCUUCUCCCAUCUUCCAGUGCAGCUCCUGCUGCAUCCGCAGCUUCCACAUCCUCCCCCUCUCCCAUCUUUCGUCCCCUCUCACUCUCACCCCCCUCUCCCUUCCUCCGCCCCCUCUCCUCCUUCUCGUCCUCUUCUCCCCCCUCCUUGUGCGCCCUUUCCCCCUCGGCCCGUCCCUUUGCCCCCACUCCACCCCAGCCCUGCCUGCAGGGCGGAUGCUGCUGGAGCUGGACCCCUUCCUGAACCAGCUCACCAGGCUGUGCCGUUGCGCCACAACGGUGCUGCCACUGGCUGUUUUAGGCGCCUUAAGGAGCACCCUUGGCCCCGCCAUUUGUUCUUUUCCACCCUUCGUCCUGCUACCUGCCCCUGACCUCUCCCCUCCCCUUCGUCCAAUGCUGCUGGAGCCGGACCCCUUUCUGAACGAGCUCAUCAAGCUCUCUGCUUGCGCCCGUAACUCCAUUGCCCACUCCCUGGCCAUCGGCCCCAACCAUUUUUCCUCUGCCCUCCCCACUCACCGCACUGCGAGUGCCGGUGCUGGUGGGGAUGGGCUGAAGCGCUGUGUGUGGGGGUGCAGUCUAACAGCCAACCUGCGCAAAAAGCCGAAGGGAGGUGAGAAGGCAGGCGGGGAUGACGUGGAGGAGGAUGAGAGCAGCGCUGCGGAGUACCGGUGUGUGGUGAGGGCCACCGAUGGCAAAAGGAAGAUCAGCACCCUGCUGGGACCUCGGGAGCAUGCCAAGUUUCAGGCGGCGUAUGCGCUCGUUCUCAAGGCGCAUAUGGACUCCCUCAAGCGCAAGGAGAAACGGGAGAGGAAGAAGAUGAAGCCAUCUGCGCCCGCCUCUUGA